AUGACUUCACAAAGUGCUAAGUUAUACUACAACAGGCUGAUCACCGAGGGUGAAAAUAUAAGUUUUAAUGAACAUAGGCAACUCCCUCCAUUCUAUGAUCCAAUUAAAUACAAAAGAGGACAAUCCUUCUUUAGAGAAUACUUCACAUCUAUAUGCUUAAAUUACAUUGUCGGUUUAGCAAUGGGAUUGUCCGACCCUAAAUUAAAUUUCAUUUUAAGACAUACGAAUAAUUCGAGUAAACCAAAAACCGCCUACAAAAGAUAUUACUUAGUCGUUAAGCACCUUUUAAUAUGGAUGGAGGAGGAUUUUGAAAGUUCGACGGUGUGGAAAUCGUUAAAAGUUGUCCAAUCCAAACAUGCUAAAGCCAACAAAUCAACGAAGAUGAUCAAUCAGAGAGAUCUGGGAUUGGCUACCAUGGGAUUCCUUUGUCCAAUUCUUGUGAAUCUCGAAAUUUUUGGCAUGGCAUCUGCAAAAACAGAAGAUUUGGAGGCAUUCUUGCACAUGUGGCGAAAUCUGUCUUAUGUUAUGGGUACCGAUGAUUCAUUCAAUCCAUGUACCACAGAAUCUGUUGAUGUCGUGUCUUCUAUAUCGAGAGAAAUCGCCUUGCAUUGCGCUGGUUAUAUAAGUAAAAACAUGUGGGAGUAUCAUAGUAUGCUGGAUGCGUUCUGCAGAGGUUUCAGUAUAUUCUUGCCAUUGUCAAAUGGAUUAUACCUUAAGUGA